AAUCGCUGGUAUUGAAACACCAUGGCAGAGUCAAAUCAGAACGAACACGAAUCAAACGAAUCUGAUGAGGAUUGCGAGGUAUAUUUUCUUAAGCCGGUAAAUGAGUACAACAUCGUGGAAAAAAUCAAAGAGGCCAAUAAGGUGUUAUUUGAAGAAACGACGACGAUUGACGAGCAGCCAGCGUGCUCUGGACCAUUUGAUGCAGUCGGCGAUUUGGGUACACGUAAAGUAACCUUUGCACCUAAUUUGGAAACAUACGAGCCAGAUAAUUCCCUAUUAGAAACACUAAAGCUUACACGGGAAUUUGAAGAUGCAGUAGCCGAAGCCAAAGAACUCGAUCGUAAGCUCACAGAUAUAUGUAAAUAUCAAACGAUUUUAGAAGAAACGACGCCGAACACGAAUGAAGUCACAGACACCGAACUCGCCACUGUUGAUACAAAUGAUAAAAGUGAAAUAUCAGACGCAGGUACGAGAGAUUCAGCAGAUACAGAUACAGAGGAGGAAGUUACGCAAGUGUCAACAGUAGAGGUCAAAGAAGCAGCGGUGUCGGACGCUGACGAUGAGGUUGUAGAAGAAAUUUGUGAAGAAAUCUCAGUUAUGGAUAUGGAAAAUGAAGAGCUGCAACCGCAGGUGAAUAAUGCGCAAAUAGGCAAUCAACGUCGUAUGGUAAAACUACGUACAUUUGAUUGUGCGGAAGAGGACCCGCCUGAGGCCAAUGAUUCCGAGCAAGAUAAUAAAAGCAUGGUUAAUUUAUUGACUUCCGAUGGCGAGGAAGAGUGCUGCAGUGCUGCCACAUUCGACAUUAACGACUGUAACAGCGACCUCGAUGUAGACGACAUCGAAGCAGACUGUAGUCGUGUCAGCGAAGCGAAUGGUGAAACAAAUCCAGAUGUGAACGACGAUAACAACUCCAUAAAUGAUACAACUACGGAUGUCUAUGACGACGACGAUGAGGAUGAUGAUCUCUCAAUUAUAGUGGCCUCAUACCUCACCGACGAUAUUGGCCACAAACGUUUAUAUAGCAAUCGUAACAAGCCGACAAACAAAGCACGCCGUUUACUUCCGCCCUUGAGUAAACGUUUUUCUUUACGUGGCAAGACGCUAGCGCGUAAUGCCAUUGGCACAUGUGCAGAUGGCACCGAAAAAGUCGCUCGUCGACCGCCGCAUUUACCACCACCCGAGGUCACCGAUUUGAAGCUGAACUAUCGCACUUGCUGCGAAUAUCGCCGCCAGUUGACGCAAAACGAGAAACUGCCGAAAUAUACAGGAUAUCUGUCGGAAUAUGGUUUGAGUCGACAGCAGCUUGAGCUGCGCGAGGAGAGUUUACAGCGCAAACAACGGUUUGCUUUGCAGCAAACGUUAAAGGCAAACGAAACGGAGAUGCGCAAAAUGCAUGACAACGAACGCGCCUUUACGACAUGGCUGCGGAACAAAAUGCGUUACCCCAUCAAUAAGACACGUAACAUGUUCGAUGUGAAACGACGAAGUUUAGAUGCCGGAUUCGGGGGCAGUAUGGGAACGUGUGGCGGUAAAAGUGCAGUACGAAACGCUAGUGCUAAACGAACAUGAACUAAAAGCAUCUGAGUGCGGGCCGCUACAACAACAACAACAACAACAACAACAACAACAACAUCUGUGUGCACCAGUGGUGGGACUGAAGAGAACUGGAGCACCUUAAAUUGGGAGACCAAGAGGUAAUCGUAUGAAUUUUCAAAAAUGCACAUUCA